AUGGAUGUAGCACAAGAGUUCUUCAGUGUGUACGGCACAGGUCUGAAAGUGUCCAACGUGCUUCAGGCCACCCGCACCCGCGUCGCCGCCGCCAAGUACGUCGUUCCCGAGCUGGUGGAGAAAUGCCUGGCCUACGUGAACAGUUUCACGCAGAUGGACAAAGUCUCUCCUGUCCUGGACCACGCUCUCACCAAGGGCGAAGAAGGCCUGCUGGACGGCGUGAGCACCCUCAUCCGUCGGGAGACUCUCGGCGUGAUUAGCUCGUCGAAGUUUCCCUUUUCCACCGAGCUCACCGUGAGAUUCAUCCUGGCCCACGCGAUUAAUGUGCCCGGGGUAUCGGUGGUGAACACCGUAUACGAUUGGGCGCAGCCCGAGUCGCGGUCGGGCGUCACUGCGAACGGUCAAGGGACGGACGUUCGCGCCAUUAUGCUGCCACUAUUUCCCGAGCUGCGCUUCCUUGCACUUACGUCGGAUGAGUUUAUCCGAGGUCCCAUACAGUGGCAAAUCCUCACCGAUUCCGAAGCUCUGGCCAUAUUAGGCAACAUCGUUUUUGAAGGCUCGAUAUUGAUGCCAAAGGGCAUCUGCCAGAUCCUGGAGGCUCGUGAGAACGCUUCGAAAUAA